GUCGUUUCAAGUCAAUUCUGUCCAUUUCUGACGCAUACCCUCACGGAAGUGCAUCUUCCUUGUCCCCUGUCAGAUCCACACCAUCUCAGAGAUCUCAAAGAAAUCUCAAAUCUCAAAGAAGGGCGUGAGAGACACGCAGACACUGUGAGGCGUCCAUCCAUCCAUCCACCCGCCCACCCACCCAUCACAAACGGGACGUACACGCACAUAUGAUGACAAGAGAGGGACUCACAACGAGACGUCGAGAUAUAAAAUGCAGGCAGCAAUCUGCACAGAUACGGCACUCAAACACAAACACAGCCAGGAAAAACUCACGUCUCCAACCAAGGGAAAAAGAAUGUUCUCAGCCCCGUGUCCACCCUCGGCUUGGCAUCCCUCACCGCCCCUCCCGCCCACUUCCCCGCCAUGUCCGCUCCUCCUGCCGCCUGAGCUCCUCGUAGCUUGGCAGGCCCGCCGCCCUGGCUGGGGAAAGUCAGAAACAGUCAGCCCCCCUGGCCUCUGCCGCUGGUGAGGUGAUGCGAUAGGCCAUAUCGCCAAGGACGUUGAUGGUGUGGGGCAGCCAGGUGCUGAGGGCUGGCUCAUGCUGGCGGUCCUGCAGGAGGCUGCCCACCCGCUGUCUGAUGUUGUCGGUGAGCACUGGGCCGGCCUUAAUGAAGUACCUCUCGUGGUGGCGGCUCCAGCUGAGGGUGCACAGCAUGUCGAAGCUGCGCCACUUCUGCUUGAGCUGCUCCUUGCCCAUGUCGUCGAGGUGCCCCAGCUGAGCAGCUUGUCUUGCAGGCCCUCCUCGCACACCACCGUCUUGAUGAAGUCCUCGCCCCUCAUCACGUCGCCCAUAUCCAUGCCCAGCCCCCACAGUACCGCGGGCCUCGUCGAUGUAGAUGCCCUGCUGCUUGCCCUCCGCGUCUGGCACCAUCACCCCCUUGAGCUUGAGGGUCUCCUCCAGCUCGUUGGCGGCACUGAUGGUAGCGAGGUAGCGUGAGUGCCACUCUCCGGCGGCCUCCCGUUGACGGCUGUUGUCAGGACGCACCGGAAGAGGUCGACCGCUGCAUCGGGGUCUUUGGCUGUUGGGCUGCCCCAUGGAAGUUCAACCUUUGCAUCGAGGGGCUCCUUAGUGCGACGCCAAUCACAAAUUAACCCAGGGGACCUACCGGCCCAGCAAAUCUCCCCCGGCUUCGCGCGAAGGAGGCUCCGCAUGCGGCCGAGGUCUUGUUCGUCGAUAACAGGGAGCUGCGGUUGGAGCACUGGCCUGUUGCUGUCAGAGGCGAGGAAGUGGUUGAGGCUGCUCGAAGUGGCGGCGACGUGGGUGGUAAAGAGGAAGUAUCGGUUUUUUCUGAGCAAGAAGGUGCUCUUCAGGUACUUGCCGAGUUCUUGGUACUCACUGCUGUCUCUGUCAGGACGCACGAACUCUAGAAAGAAACAAAAAGACACAUGCAUGAGCCGUGCGUUGCAAACAUACAGUGCACCGCCCUGCCAUCCUUACGAUUUAGCUCGUCGAUGAGCAGCACACACGGUUGAGACGACAGCCAGGCAUCGAUGGUCUCUUGAUCGACCCUCGCGUGGCUGAUGAAGCCUUCGAAGCCGAGACGAGCCACGUCCCUACCGGCUGCCUCGGCCACCUUCUCUUUCAACCCAUCUUUUGCAGCAACCCAUGCAAGCCGCAUGAACAGCGGCCGUGUAGUGGUGCCUACCCUCUGCUCAAGGUGGGACCGGCCUGUGCGAGAAGCAUGGGAUCGAGUCAAAGGGAGGGAUUGUAUGGCGGGACUUUGAGCGAAUCGACUCAAUCCGUGUACCUCCUUGAGCAUGCGUGUCUUGCCUCCUCGGGAGAAGCGAGUGAGCGACAUUGGCGCCACGCGGCGGUUGGUGAAGUCUGCACGUCAUACCCAACUCCAGUAGCUGCAGCGCCAACACACAGCCUGCACACAUCACAUACAUCGGUGAGACAUCCAUCAAACACGCCUUCUGUCUCAACGAGAUACACCGCAUAUCACCCCCCAACGAGACACACUUCUUGUCGCUCCAGUCGUCCUUGUCACUCUUGAAGUGGCACACGAGGGGGUGCCAGCCCGACAUGUACAACUGAGAACAGCCAGCACACCACACAAACACACACAGCAGCACAUUCACAUGCCUCAGCCAAUCUCCUGAUUUCCAUCCAUGCGCUUCCUUACGAGAUGGAUCCCGGGGCUCUGGAGUCGAACAGGCCACCUCAGCGGCGCCAGACGUCGUCUGGCACGAGGGACCCCAGCUGGGCCAGUUUGCGAGCCGUGGAACUGCCCAGGAGCUCCAGGACCCUCUUCUCUCAUGCAGGCUGUCUCCCCUCUCCCCCUUCCCCCCCUGAGGCUCCCCAGGUCAGCCGCUUACUCUGCGACAGGUCGUCUUGCACACGGGCUGCUGAUUGCCGGCGGCGGCACAGAGGGUCGCCCACUCUUUCGUCUUGACCAAUUCGGUGGUCUUCUGAUUUCCUGGACCUCUUCUCCCAGCCGCCUCUCGAACCGCUGCCGCACUCUCGCGUCAGUUGCCGUCGCGGGAAGCCCCGUCACCAGGGUCCCGCCGCGAGCUACAUCAACGGGGAAGUCGUCGAGCUGACACCACACACACACGCACUCGAUCACAGAUUCUUGUGUGUCUCUGCACGGUGUGACACUCGUCGCAGAUGACCCGUGUGGGCUACCGUCGACCGACCAGAGCAUUUUGCUACCGUCGAGUCCGCGGAGACGGGGAGCGAUGUUGACCAGGAUAAGCUGCAGGCCCCCGUAGGCGGCCAUCAUGACCUUGAUCAACGACAAACGCCCUGCAUAGCGCAUACCACAGACAAGAGGCAAACCUCAUCAUCACAUUUGACCACUUUGUGUCUCUCCAUACCUGCUGGGAAGGCAGUAAGUCUGGGUGCUCUGACCUUUGCAGAAAGGCGAUGGCUGCAGUAGAAAUGCCGGUCGGAAUAUGAAAUGCAGGCAGCGAUCUGUACGCGAUCGGCGGUCCGUGUCGCCGUCAGCUGACCCCCUGCCGGCCCUCAGGGCUCCUGACAUACACCUUUUUCCCGCCCACAACAACACCUGCUAGCCGCGGGUAUGCUGAUUGAGUGAGAUAUCAGACAGAACAGAGAAACAUAGACAAGGUUAUGGCACCAUCAACCGGACGCUCGUGUCGCCGUUCCUCCCCCACCACCCCCUCCGCCCCCGCCUGGCCGCCUGGGUCCUGGCUCCUGUGUUGUGUUGGCGACAGCUGAGCCUCGCUACACACACACACACACACACACACGUGUGACGCACACACACACAUCUACGCGAAAUUGCUCUCGUAUGUGUAGUCGCUUACGCGUUGUCGUUGUCAUUGUCGUUCAUGAGACUCGUCAACAUAUCGAGGAAUUCCACCGGGCAGCGUGUCGCCUCACAUUGAUUGUACCACCACUUCCGAACUUCAUCAUCAUUCUCCACCACCUGAUUCAGUUGCCAUUGGUCGGUCCUGGCAACCAGCUUUAAUCUCAAGCGUCGUUGCGGCAUUCUUUCGCCGGCGAACCAAGGAAGCCACAGAUAGCUCCCACGGUCAGAAACCGAGAGACUCACUGGGUGUGCCUUCCUACCUCCCCGAGGC